AUGACUCACCAAUCCCCUCAGAGACACGUCGUUGUUGGCGUGCUAUCGCUCCAGGGCUCUUUCAGAGAACACCUGGGCCAUCUGGACGAAUUGUUUGUGCAACUAAAUUCUGCUCCCGAAUACUCCAAGUACCGUUUUUCCAGCCGCAAAGUGCGCGAGCCAAAAGAUCUGGACGGUCUGGCGGGGAUAAUCCUUGUCGGCGGCGAGUCCACAACUAUUUCGCUGCUGUUACAGCAGACCAAACUGUUGGAACCGCUUGCAAGACUGAUCCAGUCCGGGACAAUUGGGGUCUGGGGAACCUGUGCGGGUCUCAUUCUGAUAGCCAACCAUGUGACCAACACCAAAGUGCAGCUGGGAGACAGAAAAUACGAGCUUAUUGGCGGACUAGACGUUUCUAUUGAACGGAACUCGUUUGGCAGACAGGUCGACUCGUUUGACCAAGAACUGAGUUUUCCCGCAGCAGGGAUUGGCUCGUUCAAGUGCGUGUUCAUUCGGGCACCCACAGUGACGGACGUUAUUGGGAAAACGCCUGUUGUGGGGUCAAACAGCUCGGUGGUUGCAAAAGUGUACACCAAGAACGAGGCGCCAGUGGAGGUCAUUUCGCGGGUCGAACGCAGUGGCAAGUCGAUGGUUGUUGGUGUUAGACAGGGCCAUAUCUUAGGCUCAUCGUUCCACCCGGAACUGGUGCCUGAUUACCGGUUUCACAAGUGGUUUAUAGACGAGUUUGUUCUGUAG